AGGAGGACACGCAGACGAUAUUAGACUGAGGCAGCGGCGGCUGUGGUGGAGCGGGGUCCUCCGAGGGGGCGAGGCGGCCGCCCCUGAAAGCCUCGUGAGCCGCGCAUGGACGACCACCUGCGCCUCCUGCAAUCCCCCCCGCCGAGCGUGACCAAAACCCGGGGUGACAACCUGGUGAACCACGGAUACACGGAGACAGAGGCUGACGUCAUGACGGUGGUGGCGUGUGACAACAUGCUGGAGGAGUCGGCCGCGCUCCCCGGCCACCUUUCUCUUGACCGAUACGAACCGGACCACGAGUGCUGCGAGAGGGUGGUCAUCAACAUCUCAGGGCUGCGCUUCGAGACGCAGCUCAAGACUCUUUCGCAGUUCCCGGAGACCCUGCUGGGGGACCCCAAGAAAAGGAUGAGGUACUUUGACCCCCUCCGAAACGAGUACUUCUUUGACCGGAACCGACCGAGCUUUGACGCCAUUCUGUACUACUACCAGUCAGGAGGGCGCAUCAGGAGACCCGUCAACGUCCCCAUCGAUAUCUUCUCUGAGGAGAUACGCUUCUAUGAGCUGGGCGAGGAAGCUAUGGAGAAGUUUCGGGAGGAUGAGGGCUUCAUCAAGGAGGAAGAGCGCCCCUUGCCAGACAAUGAGUUCCAGAGACAGGUGUGGCUGCUUUUUGAGUACCCGGAGAGCUCGGGACCAGCUCGGGGCAUCGCCAUCGUCUCCGUCUUGGUCAUCCUUAUCUCCAUCGUCAUCUUCUGCUUGGAGACGCUUCCUGAGUUCCGGGAUGAGAACCGAGAUCCUAUCGCUAUCGCGCCUGGUAUCAACGGAACCUUCCCCUAUUUCAUCAGCCCCUUCUCUGACCCCUUCUUCGUGGUGGAAACUUUGUGCAUCAUCUGGUUCUCCUUUGAGCUGCUGGUGCGCUUCUUCGCCUGCCCGAGCAAAGCCACGUUUUCCAAGAACAUCAUGAACAUUAUCGACAUCGUAGCCAUCAUUCCUUACUUCAUCACUUUGGGCACCGAGCUGGCGGAGAGACAAGGGAACGGGCAGCAGGCCAUGUCCUUGGCCAUCCUGCGCGUCAUCCGCCUUGUGCGAGUCUUUCGCAUCUUCAAACUCUCGCGUCAUUCCAAAGGCUUGCAGAUUUUGGGUCAGACCCUCAAGGCCAGCAUGCGCGAACUGGGCCUGCUCAUCUUCUUCCUCUUCAUCGGCGUCAUCCUCUUCUCCAGUGCCGUCUACUUCGCAGAGGCAGACGACCCGGACUCGGGCUUCAACAGCAUCCCGGACGCCUUCUGGUGGGCCGUGGUCACCAUGACAACAGUGGGAUACGGGGACAUGCACCCGGUCACCAUCGGGGGCAAAAUCGUGGGCUCUCUGUGUGCUAUCGCUGGCGUGCUCACCAUCGCUUUGCCUGUUCCCGUCAUCGUCUCCAACUUCAACUACUUCUACCACCGGGAGACCGAGGGCGAGGAGCAGGCUCAGUACCUCCACGUGGGCAGUUGCCAGCCUCUGGCGGAGCCCGAGGAGCUGAGGAAGACACGCUCGUCUUCGUCGCUCAGCAAGAGCGAGUACAUGGUGAUUGAGGAGCAUGGCAUCAACAGCGCUUUCAAGCAGCAGCCAAACUUCUCCAGCAGCACGCAGAACAACUCACAGAACUGUGUCAACAUCAACAAAAAGAUCUUCACAGACGUGUAGACGGCCAGGUGUCACGGACCUCUUUGUGACGGACCAAAACAAGGAAAGAAAGCUCUCGUCCAUUCAAAUUCACAGAAUUAGAAGCAAUCUCUGCUGCAACAGAAGGGGUGCACUGUAGCAGGUGUGUUGUCACAACAGGUAGUUAGAUAGGGAUGCUUUACAACUGUGAAGACUCCUAAAUGUAUGAACAUGAGUAGUGAUCCGUCAGUUGUAGCCAAUGUGUACAAUUUCCAUGUACAAUAUCGGUGUGCUCAAUGUGUCUUUAAACACGUAAUGUCUGAAAAGAAGUCAGCCUGUAUUAUAUCAACUAGACCGUUCUGUGCUUUUGUGCGUUCAAGUCCAGUCCAAAGUGUGUUGAAAAUCAACCUCCCCUCCGUGUAUAGCCUAGAAGCUUUGGAGAAAAACAUCCCAACUGUGUCUCAUCUUCCACUCAAGACACGCGUGAGGAGCAGACCGAGCUCUUCCAUGCACACACACAGCCUCAAAGAUGGAGCGAUCCUCUCUUUGGAUGUCUCAAAUAUAGCCCGCUGUGAUGCAAUCUCCAUGGUGACGCUCGUUUCCUUGGUAACCCCCGACCACCGUUGCCAUGGCGCCCCUGUUUCCACAGAAACCUUCUCCCCAGAUAAGAAGCUACAUCGGAACUCAUAGCGUCUAAAGAGCAAAACAUCUUCAAGGAUCGGAGAGUCAGCUCAUGCAAAUUGAAUGUGACGAUCCAAAUGCCUGCCAGGAAGCAGCCUUGACCCCGGAGGACAAAGGAAAAGGCAGCCUUUCAGCGUAUCCUGAAUGUUGUGUCUGGCUGUCCUGUGUGCACUUCUACCGGCGCCCAGCAGGGGCUGCUCUUCUCCCACCAAUGGCCCUGGUGGGGGUUGUCCAGGGUUGCCUGGAACUCUUGCCGUUCUCCUGUAAAACUGUCUCUGGUGUAGGAGGACAGUGACAGUAUUUCUGUGGAUCGAAUGGGGUAAACGUUAGGAUUGACAAAGAAUUCCCCUUGGGAUCAAAAUUCCUAGUGCCUAUAGCAGCUUUCCCUCUGCCAGUCCAUCAGCUCUCAGACCAAGAAGAAAAAUGCAAACAAUGCAAACGUAAACAAGUAUACAGUACAUAUAUAUCUAAUACAUUACAUAUAUAUAUAUAUAUAUAUAUAUAUAUAUAUAUAUAUAUAUAUAUAUACAAA